GUGUGUGUGUGUGUGUGCAGGCAUUACCACAGCAUGGAGGUGUUCACCCUCUACGACCUGUUCACUCUCAAUGGGACUAAAGUGGCAGAAGGACACAAAGCCAGUUUCUGUCUGGAGGACUCGGAGUGCGAUGAAGGUAUUGAGAAGAGAUAUGAAUGUGCUAACUUUGGGGAGCAGGGCAUCACAGUCGGCUGCUGGGAUACGUACCGACACGACAUCGACUGCCAGUGGAUCGACAUCACAGACAUCAAACCUGGAGACUACAUCUUCCAGAUCGUGAUUAAUCCAAACUACGAGGUGCCGGAGUCGGACUACAGCAACAACAUCAUGAAGUGCAGAUGUCGGUACGACGGACACCGGGUCUGGAUGUACGGCUGCCAUAACGGUGAGGAAAAA